AUGACAAUGAAUAGCUAGAACUGCUCUUCAAAUAUUAAAAUCAAUACCUGUGUUGUUUUCAUGUCACAGUCGACCAUCGUCCAUCAAUUGACGUUUCUUGACUGACUUGACGAAUAACUUCCUCAUCUUGUUGGAAUUGAAAUCAUAGAUAUCAUACAUGAACCAACAAAACCACAUGCUAGGCUCACUUGGGGAGCCUCCAAUUCUUGUCCGUAAUAGCAUCAUUCAGCAAUCCUGUGUAGAAGUGUAAGUCUGAAUCAUGACUCCUAUGAGUCUUUGUCUAAUCUGCUUUAUUAGACACAUACCUCAGUUCUUGUACUACCUGUUUUGUCUUUCAACUCAUGGCGGUAGGAAAAUAUGAUCUAUAAAAAGAACAGCACCAUAUGCAUCUGCUGGGGAUGAAUAAUGUGAACGAUGAGACAACGCAUGUGAUUUUAGGAUUUGAAACAAGAUAGUGUCCCUCAUUGGUGCCAAUCUUAACCACUGAUUUCAUGUAGCUAAUGAUCUUCCAAUCACCCUUUCUUCAUCUAUAAAUAUAGACACAUGAAUUAAUGAUCAGUAACUCAAUCCUCUCAUCAAACAUCAAAGCUUCCUCUCUUUCUUAGAUCCAUUCAAGUCCUUUGUAUUGUUUAUCCACUUGAGAAUAUAGAAACCAUGGGUUUCCGGCUCCCAAGAAUUUCAAACACCAGGAGAAUUCUUACUCGAUCUCUUUCUAAUGGAAGCCAGACAGCUUCAAAGACCUCAGAUAUCCCAAAAGGUUAUUUUGCAGUCUAUGUUGGAGAGAGCCAGAAGAAGCGAUUUGUGAUUCCAAUAUCAUACUUGAACCAACCUUCAUUUACGGAUUUGCUGAGUCACGCUGAGGAAGAAUAUGGAUACGAUCAUCCAAUGGGCGGUAUCACUAUCCCCUGCAGUGAAGACACCUUCCUUGAUCUCACUUCUAGCCUGAGUGUGUAACUGAUUGAUGUAAUGAAUAUGGGAUCCAACUACAUAUUCAAAUGGCAUCAGAAUUUCAGAUCAUGCUGCUGAGUCAAGAUGAAGAGGAAGCGAGGCCCUGAUCGGUUACCAACUGAAAGGAAUCACCGCUUCUGUAGUUCCGUGAGUUUGAAGAUGCAA